GCAUGAAGUGAGGGAGAAGUACAGAAGUGAGGGAGGGACCUGUCCUACAGCCCUACAGCCUGGGACUCAACAUAGAGACAGAAUGAAGCUGACAGUCAAAUAAAUAGAAGCCAUGCAAGACUAAAGUGGAGAGCACCCUGAGCUAGGUGUGACAUAUAGGAGACAGCCCAGGCACUUCUGAAAGGGAGGGUCUGACACUUGUCAGCCAGCGAAAGACCACUGCCAAGUUAUAUCCUGACAGCAUGCUGCUUGCAGUCUAUUGAAGCUAUGUGCUUUAACUAGAGGCAAUCCAUUAAGGCUAUGUGCUUUGACUAGAGGAAGUUUAUUGAGGCUAUGUGCUUUGACUAGAGGAAGUCCAUUGAGGCUAUGUACUUUGACUAGAGGCAAUCCGUUGAGACUAUGUGCUUUAACUACAGGCAAUCCAUUGGGGCUAUGUGCUUGAACUAGAGGCAGUCCAUUAGUACCUGUAGAAGAACAACUGGACAACCCUAAGGAGAACCACAAGAAGAUAGAUGCAGAUUCAAGGUAACUAGAGGUGGGGUACACCUGGCGUGUAUCCCUGUGUCUGCUGAGAUGUCCAGGUUGCUCCUGCUCCUCCUUUUGCUCCUCAACUUUGUGGCACUGAUGCCAGCCGAUGGGCCCCCAAGUUGCCAUGAGGUGCGCGCAGCAUUCCAGCUCCAGCAGGUCGGGAGAGGACGACUGGUGCCCGAGGUACCUGUUGAGGAGUCUGAUGUUCAGAUCUGUGAGCAGAAGGCUCCGACAUGCUGUACCAGGAAAAUGGAGGAGAGCUACCUGGCUGCCGUGAAGAGAAAGCUGUCUCAAAAUAUCCAGGCUCUGAAUUUUGAACUCAAAUUCACCAUUGUUGCACAUUCGUCUGCCUUCCAAGAGACAUUUACUUAUUUGAUUGACUUGGCCACCAACAACACCUUUGCCUUGUUUCACAGCAAAUACCGUUUCAUGGCCCAGGAUGUACAAGAUUCGGUGAAGGAGCUGUUCACUGACCUGUCUCUGAAUAUUAUGGGAGCGGACAUGCCAUUAGAAGAUGCAUUCUCCCGGUUUUUAGAUGCACUUUUUCCUCUUGUUUACAACCACCUUAUAAACCCAAGGAAAGCAUCACUGUCAGAGGAGUACUUGGAUUGCCUGCGCUUGACGCGACAAGACAUUAACCCGUUUGGAAAUUAUUCUCAUGAGAUGACUGUACAGUUGUCCAAAUCAUUGUGGACCUGCAGAAUGAUGAAGCAGGCAUUAAACAUGGCAGAGCAAGUCAUUAACAGUACUGAGCAUGCAGGCUUGACACGGGAGUGCACCCACGCACUGGUAAAAAUGCAGUAUUGUCCCCACUGCCAGGGGCUGACUCUUAUCCGGCCAUGUGUUGGUUACUGUCUCAAUGUAAUGAGAGGAUGUUUGGCCAGCCUGGCGAGUCUGGAUGGCCCUUGGAGAGAAUUCAUAAAUUUGGUGGAGCAUCUUGCUGAUCAGAUGACAGGGUCACAUGAUCUGGAGCAAUCUCUUCUAGGGAUCAGGGAUGUAAUUGAGCAGUCCAUUCAACAUGCAGAGUCACAAGGCUCUCAUCUUUCCAAGAUGGUAGAGAAAGUGUGUGGUGAGCUACAAGAGAGUCCAGUCAAAGAAAUGUCUGAGAUGAACACGAGCAAAGAAGAUCCAGCUGCUGUGCUGCCUCCUGCAGCAAAACUCCAUUCUCUUGCACAGAUGAGAAGCUCUCUGCCUCUGAAAGCUUCGAAGAAUGACAAGCCUCGCAGCUUGAAAAGAAUCUCUCGUGAUUUCAUCAAGUACAUAAAACCAUCAAGAACAUUCUACACCACCCUGGCAGAGCGUCUGUGUGAUGGAGACCUGGCAGUGAGAGAUGGUUCAACAUGCUGGAAUGGAGACGAUGUGGUGGAAAGCUAUACAAACCUGGUGGUUUCAAGUGAUUUUAAAGAUCAAGUGAACAACCCAGAAGUUAAAGUACGAGGGUCCAAUGUAAUCAUCAAUCAAGUCAUCAAUAAGCUGCGGCUCUUCAUACAGAUGGGCAGUGAAAGAAGAAUCAAGCCAGAACGAUGGCGCAUCACAGAGGGUAGUGGAGGAGGAGGGGGGUCACAGGGUGAGGAUCUAAGUGGUGACUGCGAUGAUGAAGAUGGUUGUCAAGGAUCUGGUGACAGUAUGGAUACAGAUAUAAAAAGACGGACUGACUUAAGCAUGGUGAACCUAACCAAGAUAGCUUCUAACCCCGGUGCCACCAAAACAUCUCCGAAAGAGAAGGAUUCAUCCGACUCUGGUAGCAGAGUGUGCACUUCCUCGGCUAUUGUUGUGGCUUCCUUAUUAAUUAUGUGUCAGUUUAUAUCACAGCUUUGCAAUGCUGCAGCCACUUUGUAAGAACCUGCUCCUAAUCCUCCGAAGCCUUAUACAAGAGAAGCAAGAAAGUAGCUUUUUAGGACAAAAAAAUGAAAAGACAGCAUGAGCUGAUGCUGAAUGACCUUGGAUGAGUCAACCCACGGUUUAAAUGGGAUGACAGGCUGGCAAGCUAGACAUACAUCUCGGGAACAGUACAGAUGGAGGUGACAGAUAAUAAACAACUCUCACACCUCAAACAACAUGAAAACAAAGUCUCAGUUAUUAAGCGGAUUGGUUGCAGAUAUGAGAUUUACAGUACAGAAGUGAAACUUGGACAAAGUCACCGUGAAUAGAUGCUCAGAGUCCGAUAUCUAAUCCAAUAAUGUAGACAAACCUGCCUGGCUGAUAAACUAACAUGGCAGGGCUAAAGUGAUACCAUUUCUACUGCUGUGCGUGUCAGACUUAUGAGUCUCUUUGCACUUUAGAAGCCAUUAAGCAAAGAUGAGCUUCACAUGUUACAGAUACCUCUAGGAUUCUCCUCUAUGAUAUUUGUCACUUUUGCUCCCUCUUUUAAAGUCAGCAAAUACAUGUGUAUGUUUGUCAUUGUUCUUCUUGUAUUGUUUACCUGCCCUAUUUUAACAUUU